UAUUCAGAUAAAAAAAAAUAAAAUAUAUUUUAUUUAAAAUGGGUACCGCAAAUCUGGAGAUGCCGGAGUUGAUCUCCAUGAGCGGUCGCACCAAUCAUUUAGCAUUGCCCGACGUGAAGCGCAUUACGGAAAAAAACAAAUUUAUGAGCGAAUCAAAGAAUACAAGUAUUGAGAAACUAACGGAAUUUAUUGCUGGACAAGAGCAGCAGUGCCUGGAUAUUACGAAUCUGUUAAAGGAGCAGGUCAAAUUGAAGAUGGAUGCUUUGCGGCAGGUGAAGGAGGAUAUGCUAGACCUUCAGCGUCAGCUAAAAGCCCCAGAUGCCGCUCAACGCUUCACCAAAGGCCACAAGGUGCUGGUCAAGUUCUGCGAUGAGACGGAGAUGAACGAAUACGAAGUGCCCGAUGCCCUGGCACGCUACAGCCUAAAGAUGAGUGGCCUCUAUGGCGAAAUCCUGGCACUCGAUAGCGAUGUCGACUAUGUGGGCUAUCUGGCGAGCAUUGCUAAGGUGAACAAGGAGUAUGUCGAGGAUUGGUAUAAGCGCGAUAAAAUCAACAAGGGAAAGUUGGCAAUCGUUAAGCCGAAAGCACUGUGAAGUAUAUCACUUUAUGUAUACUUAUAUGCAUAUUUAUUUAUAUAUGUAUACAAAUAUGUUAUAUGUUAAUUUGAAACAUUUUUCAACAGUUUCGAUCAAAUUCAAUAUUGUAUUAUAUGAGGGCCGAACGGGUACCAUAUAUACGUGUUGUACACUAAACUGGAAAUGAUAACAAA